AUGUGCUAUGUGAUAGUCACUGGUCGUAGUUUGCUGUGGACGUUGCUGUCCCUGGCGGCGUUAAUGGCGGUUUUAUCGGGCCUGAUCACUCCGAAAUGGCUCGUUGGACCCCAGACGAAGGACACGAAGAAUGGAUCAGAACUGUACGUUCCAACAGUAGGCAUCUUUAAUCGUUGCAUCAAGCUGCACGGGAAGACUCACUGUGCUAAUUUUAACGUGGAUGGCUUCGCAACAGACUCCAGCGUGUUUCCAGGCUGCUGGAAAGCUUCGUACUUCUUUCUAUCUCUCGGUUUAGCGAUCAUGGCGAUGACAGUGCUUGCAGCUCUGGUUGGCUGCUGUAUGCAGAGCAUUGGAAGGAAGAGUAUCUUUAACUUGGCUGGUGUGGCACAAGUAAUCGCUGGAAUCUCUUAUCUUCUGGGGAUGAUUCUCUAUCCAGCUGGCUGGGGUGCUGAGAGGGUUCAAAGGAUCUGUGGACCGGAAGCUGACGCCUUCUACCUCGCUGAAUGCUCCCUAGGUUGGGCGUUCUACAGUGCGGUGACAGGGGUUGCAUUAACCUUCGUUUGCGCUGUAAUCAGUGGCCAGGCGGAAAAGUCCACAGCCAGCGACAAAGUUCAGGACAAAAUGAACGAGGGCAAGACUUUGAUCUGUCUGGCGUGA